UGGAAAUAUAUUAUAAAAACAUAUUUUGAUGUUUUUAGAUAGUCGAUGUGAACUUGACCAGUGAGACAAAAGCCAAACUUACGGUUGGGAGUAAAAUGAUGUUUACUUACGAGGUUCGUACUGGUACACUUAAUGGUACUCAUAUAUACCAAGAUGACUGUGUAAUGUAUUUUUCUUACAUGUAAACUACGUGAAGCGUUCCUCUUUUGCGUUUCUAAAUUGAUUGUAAUUUUUCUCAUUACCUUUGCAAUUUAGAAAACUCCCUUGCAAAUCACUUGAGGGAAUUUGCAAUGUUGCUAAAAGCCGAAUAAAUUUUCCUCAGUUCCUGUUAGAAGUUCUUCACUUCCCGUUAGAAGUUCUUCACUUCCCGUUACAAGUUCCUAACUUCCUGUUCUGUGCGUUGCAAUUGGCUAACAAAAAUAAUCCACCAAUGACAACGCUCAGAACAGAACAGGAAGUCAGGAAAUUAAAACAGGAAGUUAGGAAAAUUUAAAAAUGUUUUUUUCAUUGGAAUAUUGCAACAGCUGAUAGGAACAUUGCAAAUUCCCUCAAGGGAUUUGCAAAGAGUUUUUCAAAUUUGCAAAGCUAAUGAGGAAAAUUCCAAAUGAGUUAGGAAGUCAAAAGAGGAACGCUUCACGUAGUUUACCUGUAAUUAAUGCGCCAUUUUAUUUAACAAUUUUAUAUAUUUUACACAUGAACAAGCCAAUUGCCCAAUUCUAUACAUGGUUGUAUUUGCGACAUUAAUACUGCGUACAUUUAAGACAGGUUCCAUUCAGCCAUAACUGUUGUGACAAAGUCAUGUUCGACGAUGUGAAAUAUAGACAUUGAAGGUGGACUUGAAUGACUUAGAUUCUUGCACUUCACUUGGUGGAAUUAAUAUUAGACCCUAACAACUUGGUGGAAUUAGUAUUAAACCCUAACAUCCUAAUAGACAUUGAAGGAACUAGAAUGAGUUCCAAAAUAUCACCUACUCGAACCGACUUGACCUCGUAGCUCAGUUAGUAGAGCGUUGAACUAGGCCAAAAAAAAAAUAUGUGGGUUUCCGGUUUCUUCUUAUAAAAACUUAGGUAGGGUAGGUCGGUUUUAACUUCUUUUUUUUUAAACUUUUUUUUAAUUUUCCGAACAAGCGGACGCCAUUUUGUUCAGUCAGUGCUUCCACAUCCAAAGAUAAAUUUCCCUAAUAUUGCCUCAAAUUUCAAUUUUCCACAAACUUUUUUCUCUAAGUGGAAACACUUACAACCAUGAUCCAAUAAAAAAGUUUAGGGUCGGGAUUUCGACGUCCAAAAGCUAGGUAGGGUCGGGAAACCGGAAACCCACAUAUUUUUUUUUUUUGCCCUACCAAGCUAAAUGUUGCGGGUUCGAUUUCCACCGCGGGCAAGUUACUUUUCAGCUUGCCCGGAGAGGACACUCUCAGAGUAAGACAACAGCAAAAAAUUGCACACUUGAGUUCAACACCACAACCAGCAGAUGUGAAAUAUACACCAGUAUGUAGUCUGGAUGCAUAAUUUACAUUUUUAUGUGUGUUGUACUGGCCCGUACAGUACAUGUAUCCAAAUCUGUCUCGUAUUAUAUCGACCACCUUGACAUGUCCACGACAGUUGCGACUAAAUAGAAACUCAGACUUAAGAGCACACAACAUUCACAUUGUGUUUGAGAUAACCAUAAAAGUAAUGUACAGCUUCAGUUCAUUUUCAUUAAAUUGUUCAUUCUUCAAUACCAGGUGACAUGGAAGCCUUCAACUACUCUUUUCAGCAAGCGAUAUGACAAGUACCUUGAUCCAAAUUUCUUUCAACACAGAGUAAGAUAAAGUUUACUUCAUUGUAUUUAAUCACUAAAGGUUUUAAUAAGGCACUAGAAAUGGUAUUGGUAUGUAUUUUCUAACUGGGUAGUUUACCAAACGUUGUAAUUUGCUCUGGUUUUGAAUAUUUAUGUGUUUUUAGAUCCAUUGGUUUUCAAUCUUUAAUUCAUUUAUGAUGGUUAUCUUCCUGGUUGGUUUAGUCAGUAUGAUCUUAAUGCGUACUUUGAGAAAAGAUUACGCUCGAUACAGUAAAGAAGAUGAUUUAGAUGAUAUGGUACGUAACUGUGAUGUUAGUCUAUCUGGCAUUUUGUACUUUAGUCGCAUGCAUGAUCUGGUGUACAGUUGGUGUUUACCAGAUCAGAUGGUGUAUAAAUUAGCGUGAGGCGGUUUCUACAAAAAAACGAAAACCGACUCACAAACCAAAAAAAAACAAACGAGUGAACCGGGUUUUUAUAAAAAUACGUUCGAAAAUCGAAACUACGGUAAAAAAAAGACACAACACGCUACUCAGUACUCACGCAAGAUAUUAAACGUAAGGUAUUUUGAAGACGUUAUCAAAUUUCAAACAAAAUCUCUUUACUUUUUCGUGUGUAAAUGCCAAAACUUGAUUCAUUUGCAACAAACUCGUAUAAGUAUGGUUCGAUUUUAGUAAAAUACCGAUUUUUCUUCGUUUUCCCCCCGGUUUUUUCGGUUUUUCUCCAAAAGUAACAUCGAGUAUUUCGGUUUUCAAAAAACAUCGAUUUUUUCGGUUUACCGAAUGUAUAAAUAAACAUUCCAUUGCUUUACCAGACCAUAGAAGUUAAUAAUAUCCAUGCAUGAUACGUUUCCUGUCCAAUUUCGUGUUGAAGAACACCAUGGAUAUACUAUAUGAUAACAUGAAGUAUCUUUGUAUGAUAUGUCUCCUGGAAAGUGUACUUUAGCGGCAAUGGUUUGGAACAAGUGCACUUUAUUGGACCCCCUGUGUAAAUAACGUCUUCGUGUACUCGUUAACGCCCCGUUGUCAGAUGAAUUCGGAACCGUCUCGUGAUUAAUCCAGUUCCGUGUGAACAUGUGGAACCGGACGAAUUUUUAAGUUCAGUUCCGAUUUCAUCCAACCCCGUGGGAAAUCCGAAAUGCGUACAUUGUAUUCACAUAUACUAUCUAUUAUGAUGCAUUUCACAGUAAAAACAAAGCAGUACUGGUAGGGACAAUGUGCCAUUAUCAGGGUGUUAGCUACAGUCAAAAAUUCCGCGUUAAACGCGGUUUUCCCAAUUACCUUGAGGUCGCAAUUUCCCAAUUUGGGUCAGCCAAAAAAUAGCAUAAAAAUUGAAUUAUUUUUUUCACAUCUGACAAUAAUACCGUAUCUUGCCGUCCAUCUUGCCGUCGCCCAAAAAAAAUUUUUCCGAGAAAAAAUUUUAAAAUAAAUUUCCCAAUUUCAGGUAAACGCGGAUUUUUUUUACUUCUGGCUAACGUCCUGAUUAUGUUGUUUGUUGAGUAGACUGCAUGUAUUUCUUCAACAGGAACGUGAUUUGGGAGAUGAAUAUGGUUGGAAACAAGUGCAUGGUGAUGUUUUCCGUUCAGCAUCCUACCCAUUAUUGUUCUCCUCCCUGGUUGGCUCUGGUUAUCAACUGGCUGUUGUUGGAUUUCUUGUCAUCAUUAUGUCUAUCAUUGGUGAUCUUUACACAGAGUAUGUAACCAUUUCACAAUAUUUGUCUCUGAUGACAUGUUCCUUGGUUCGAUACAGACUCAGGCCUUAAAUUAUCGGUCGGUCACGGACAUUGUCCGACCCAUUCGUGAAAUUGUCCGACGUAUAGAGGAAACCACCGGACAUUCUGUCCGACCAAAGUGAAACUGAGGUUUAUUGUUUGUCCGACCUGAGUGUAUUGGUGUCAGACCGAACUGUAGUUUUGUCCGACGUAAAUCAAAAUGUACCCUAGCCCAGGACUAGAGGCUUGUAUGUUAAAUGGAAAAUCAGAGUACUGUUGUAUAAAAUGUGAACUGCAUGGAAAUGUUGUUUUAACGUAGUCGCGCGCGGGCUUGGAAAUAAGUAUGAAAGAAACAAAUUAUUUACUAUUUUUACAAUAUUUACCGCUUAGAAUUAAUACAUUGUGCUGAUAUUCAUUUGUGUCAUUCAGACUUAUUUCCGAGUCAAAACUGAACUGAAGGUCAUCGGACAUAUGUCCGACCCAAACUCAACGUCAUCGGACAUUUUGUCAGACGGCCCUGUAAAAGAUAUUUUAAGGCCUGCACAGAAAAUUGUCGCAUUAACGUCAUACUGAAUCGAGCAUUUAUGCGAUUAACUGGCCAGAAUCUCGAAGGUACAGGCCAACUCCAAAAAUCAUGUGGGUGUAGUGAAGUUACAUGUACUGGCUGGAGUAACUGGUCUGGAGUUACUGCACGGCUGGCAACUUGAAAAUCCUUGACUAUACCUACACAACUUUUUCCUAAUCCUUAUUUUUUCUUACAGACGUGGAUCGAUAUUGACGACCUCCAUAUUUGUUUAUGCCGCCACAGCUCCGGUGAAUGGAUACUUUGGAGGAUCAUUAUAUUCCAGGCAAAGUGGUAGGAAUUUACUACGAAUGAUACCAAUGUGUGUUAAUGACGAAACUUUUACUUCGUUUUCCAUUCAUGAUAUUUUUGCACUCCAGCCACUAAUCUCAUGGACUAUGAGAUCAGUGACUACAGCGCCCAUAUUUUUAACGCCCAUCAAUGAGUCUAAACGUUUAGCGUACAGAUAUUGAUAGCUUUGAAUUUUUACUUUCUAUUCUCGUUAAACAAAAAGUACCUUUCAUUGUCUAAAUAAUCACCUAAUUCACCUUUAACAUUCCAUCCUUGAAAACGAAAUUACUGUAGAAACAGUCUCUUUGCACCGAAAAUUCCAAAUACCAGUGUCUUUUAUGGAGCAAGUACAAAGUGUACAGAAUUAGCCUUUCUCACGCUGCCAUUUUUGGGUGGCAUUUCAGCCGAAGUCUGCGAGAAAAGUCCACAUAACAGCCCACAUAAUUUUUUGGACGAAAAGUCCACAUAAUUUUUUGGACGAAUGAUGUUAAAUUUGCUUUGGAAAUGGUUAGUUUAUUUUCAAAAUUAGGUUAUUUAAUUGUCUGCAUUGGUUAACGAGAAUUAGAUGCCACCCAAAAAUGGCGGAUUUUCAUCAUCUUGAGAAAGGCUAUAAUUGGAAAAAAACAUUGGGGCCGGUUGUAUAAAAAAGUGUGGAAAAGUUGUGGAAAAGUUAAGCAAUCAGAAUCGUGCAUUUUAUAGUGAACUACGAAACGGGCUGUUAUUAUAAAACGUAGUUUCGUGUUUUAUAUGCAACCGGCCCCUGGAGUGUAAAUUACAUGCCAUUAUUCAUAGUGAAGUCUAAACUACUGUGGAUACUUUAUUUAGCUCUUUAUACUUGAAUGAAUAUUUUUAGGUAAAGGAUGGAUAAAACAAAUGCUCUUCAGUACUGCAUUAUUCCCUUCAAUGAUUUGUGGAACAGCGUUCUUGAUAAAUUUUGUCGCUAUUUAUUACCGUGCAUCAAGGGCGAUUCCUUUCACGUCCAUGGUAAGUAAAUGUUAUUGGAGUUUCAAUUUGUUUCCUCUGUAUUAGGAUCCUAGUAAAAAAUGGUUGUAUUAUCGAAAUUUUUUUGUACUGUAGAAGUUAGGGGGCUAGUAUUCCAAAGGUCGUAGGUUCGAUUCCCACCGUGGCCAGGCAUAUUUUUCAAGCUUGCCCGGUGUGGAUAUACACUCAGAGUAACAUCACAAGCAUCACUGUAGAAGUUAGUUAAUAUUAAUUGUAUGUUUUAUCUAGCUCUCGGUCGCAGCUAUAUGUUUGUUUGUUAUUCUUCCGUUAAAUCUUGUUGGUACUGUCCUGGGUCGUAACAUGGCUGGUACACCUGAUUAUCCAUGCCGGAUAAACACCGUGCCGCGGCCAAUUCCCGAGAAGAAAUGGUAAUUUUCUGAUUUUAUUUUGAUCUUAAAAUGGAUAAGAAUAUACAGCUGAUUCAAAAAAGAGGUUGUCGUCCUUCCAAACUCUAAACCUUAAACCUAAGCGCGAAAAGUGCGAUGGGAACGCUCUCCAUAGUAAAUAUUAGCUGUAUGCAAUUAUGACAAGUCUUUCUGACUGAAUAAAGCAAACACUGCGUGUUCGCAUUGCCCUUUUCACGCUUAGAGUUUUAAGGUUUAGAAUUUUGAAUAGCCUGCGUGUCAGGCUCUAUGCUUGAAAUAGAGCAUGCUACUGAAGUCGAUGAAAAGUGGACAGUCGUUCGGAUGCACGAAAAUAACAAUCAUUCAAAACGGCGAUUGUUAAUUAGAUUAUCAAAGCUAAUUUAAAAUAUGACAAUAUUCCUUUAGAUUUGGAUUCGUCAACGAAUAUUGUUUACGGAAAAGCAUGUUUAACAAUCGCUUUAGAACUACUUUUUCGGUAACCCCCACCCGCAGAAAAAAAGGCUUAUAAACCCAGUUUAUAUGAUAUUUGUCUAGAAUAUGGUAUUAAAGACGUUAAAUUCAUCUUUAUUUUAUUUUUUGAAACAACUAAACAAAUCAAAACAUUUUCCUGCCAAAACUUACGGUUGCCAGUAAGAGUUCAAACUGCUUGUUUUCUUAGCUUUUUCGAUGAAAUCUGUGUUGGUAACAAGUACUUAUUAAUAUUUCCAAGACUUCUUAUUCUUAAAAAUGAUCAUAACGACCUUAUAAACGUGUAAAAAAGUUUCAAAUUCGAGUCUGUCAAAUUGACAUACGGGAAACCGGUCCGGAUACGGGAAAAUACAGACCACGGUCCGGAUACGCAUUUUACGGACCGCACGUCGACCAAUCAGAAUCCAGGAUUCUGCAAAGCCAUAUAAUAAUAACGGUUAUUGACCGUGUUUAUAGACAGCAAAGGCAGUAAUUAAUGCGGCCAAAAGUACAAUUACCAGUACGAAAUAUCAUAUUAUGUAAACAACAACUUGAUAUUAUCUUAUAAGGCAAGGCUAUUUAUUUCUGACCAAUGGGAAUUUUGCGUACGAUUCGUACGCAUAAAUCCACUUUUUAUUAACUUCAGUAGCAGGCUCUAUUUCCAGCAUAGAGCCUAACACGCAGGCUAAGCCUUUUUUGAAUUAGCUGUAUGUACUCUUAUCCAUUAUAUAUAUGUAUUCGUAUUCUGAUCACUUUUGCCAUUCAAGGUUUACAGUAGGCAUAAUUUGUGUGGGCAACAAAUUAUUGCUUCGUGAGUACCAUGCUAUUAAAAGCCCUAUAUAGAACGUGUUUUUGAAUUACGCGCCCUUAACCUUUUAGUACACGUGAUGUUUGGAAAUUUGCCAAGUUCGACUCGCCCCGGCGGCUCGUCCAAUUUUGGCAAAAUUUGCAAACAUCACUCGUACUAUUAAUCCCUAAUUGUACUCGCCAUCGCAUGAUUACCUAUACUAAUACGUCUAUUUCAUUUUAGGUUCAUGGAGCCAGCAAUAAUUGUUUGCCUUGGUGGAAUAUUACCAUUUGGAUCGAUCUUUAUUGAAAUGUAAGAGAAAUGUAUUGGGCUACGUGCGGUAUGAUAAAUCAGGGACUACAGGGUGCGACAAUGGACCAUUUGCAUUAUAGGCUAAAUUUUGAUCUUGACAAAAAUUUCAUCACAGCUUGAAAGAGCAUCACAAAAUUAGUAAUAUUCCAAAGUUUCGUUGCGAAAUGUUGUAAAAUGCGGAUAAUAUAGCCUUGCGAAAUUUGCAAUUUUCAGUCAUUUUGUAUUACAAACGGGAAAUUGAUGCCCCAACACCCGAUUGGGCUGUCAAUUUCCCGUGCGUAAUACAAAAUGACUGAAAAACGGCAAACUUCGCAUGGCUAUAUUAUCCGCAUUUUACAACAUUUUGCAACGAAACUUUGGAAUAUUACUAAUUUUGUGAUGCUCUUUGAAGCUGUGAUGAAAUUUUUGUCUAGUUCAAAAUUUAGUCCAUAAUGCAAAUGGUCCAUUCAAGAUUUUUAGUCGUACCUGACUGGUACUCCAAUGAUUAUUGCCGCGUACUUGAGCUGGUACAAACAUAAAACUUUAAAAUGAAGUACAUGAAGUUCUGUACAAAGUACAAAGGGUUCUGAAAGGUUUCAUUCAGUAACCUGAAACUACGAGUUAGAACAAGAAGGACGACAAUUUCCUAUACAAAUAUUAUCGAAAAUCGACUCCAACAUUUCUUAGUCCCAUCAGUCCAAUAAUUUUUCAUGUCAAGACAUGUUAGACGUACUCAUUUACCGAAUCGAAUUCAGUUUUGAAUACCUACCUUGGGCUUGUAAAGGUCAUAUGAUACCUACGUGUUACUUGCUGAAAACAAAGAAGUACCAGACUGUAAUAUUGGCGUACCUCCUGUACGUAAGUACGCGAUUUAUCGCACUCUGGGUCACUAUUUUAACAAUAUACAACAAUAUCGUCUUGCAGCUGUGAUAUAUAUGGCAUGUUUUCAUUUCAGGUACUUCAUCUUCACCUCUUUCUGGGCAUACAAGAUCUAUUUCGUGUUUGGUUUCAUGUUUUUGGUAUUCUUCAUCUUGAUCAUUGUGACGAUGUGUGUUACCAUUGUCUGUACAUAUUUCUUGCUUAAUGCGGAGGACUAUCGUUGGUAAGAACAAAUACCUUGAUUGUUUCAUGGAAUUAGAAAUAGUAUUACAUUUGUUUAAACUUCUGAGAAACAAGUUUCGAAUUAUUCAAUGUUUGCAAAAUAUAGAAAAUAUUAAAUAAUUUUGUGUUUUUAAUUUAAAUCAAGGAUCACUCAAGAGGUUUUUGAUAAUAUUUUUUUUUUCUCCCUAUAAAAACCUCUUGAGUGAUCCUUGAUUUAAAUUAAAAACACAAAAUUAUUUAAUAUGAACAGAGGUGAAAGUUUCAGAAAAGCAAAUAGAAAAUAUUGCUUGAUUGUUUGGUUCAUGCUUACAUGUUUUGGUUCAUGCUUAUAUGUUUUACAAUGUUUGGUUCAUGUUUACAUAAUGAUUUUCGUACAAAUAUCUCGCAAUAUCUGCUUGUCUGAAAAGAACUUUGAAAUCUUCUAAUAAAUCUACGUUCACAAACAAAAUUCCACUGAAUAUUUAAAUAUUUUACCUAAAACAAAAUUGAAACCUGUUGGAAAGAAAUUUAUAGGAACCAGUCUUCGAGAAGCUCGCUGACAUUAUUCGAUCGGCGAUUUUACUAUGAACAACAUGAUUUCCCAUUUGCGGAAUAUGUACAGUACAUGUUUGGCAUUGUAUUACAAGGAAAUGCUCAAUCAUAUAUGUAUCGGAGGUUUGGUUUAUUUUAUAGGCAAUGGACAUCGUUCUUAUCAGCGGCAUCGACGGCUGUUUAUGUGUAUUUCUACUCUUUCUAUUAUUUCUUCUUUAAGACGAAGUAAGUUUUUGUUAUUUUCAUCAUAGAUAAAGGUUAAGUUACACAGGUGAGUUUAUAUCAAUGUUAAAUUUUUACUUUUUACAGGAUGUAUGGAUUCUUCCAAACGACAUUCUAUUUUGGAUAUAUGGCUCUAUUUAGCAUGGCUCUUGGAAUACUUUGUGGUAUGUUCACAACGUUUGUCAGGUCUAUCAACAUCUAAACAUGAAUUAAGUUUCUCAGUAUACGUAGUGUUUAGAUUUCAGCGACCAAACAGUAAGAGAGGAUUGUAUUUCGUCUGGCAGGCUGUUCCGUAGGAGAACAGUGCUAUUGAAAAAUAGAUUUUGGAAAUACUUUGUGUGUAAUAGAGCAAGUAAUGAGUCGGGAGAAGUGCGCAUUUUAAACAUUUAAAGUGCGGUAAAUAUUUGGUAGCCGACAGUCCGACACAAAUCAAGCAUUGUUUGUUUGUUUGUUUGUUUGUUUGUUUGUUUGUUUGUUUGUUUGUUUGUUUGUUUGUUUGUUUGUUUGUUUGUUUGUUUGUUUGUUUGUUUGUUUGUUUGUUUGUUUGUUUGUUUGUUUGUUUGUUUGUUUGUUUGUUUGUUUGUUUGUUUGUUUGUUUGUUUGUUUGUUUGUUUGUUUGUUUGUUUGUUUGUUUGUUUGUUUGUUAACCUUACCACAUCUCACUGUUUCAGGUACACUUGGUUAUGUUGGAGCCAGUGCGUUUGUUAAGAAAAUCUACUCGACUGUUAAAAUCGAUUAAGAAAUGAAACGUCACUGCUGGAAAAUAAACAUGGACUAAUAUUUUGCAGCCGUGAUUUUGGAACAAAAGGCGGAGUUGUAUAGUGUAACAUGUUUAACACUGUAAUUAGAAUUAAUUUCUUUUCAUUCUUAGUUACUAUGUACCGUACAGUAUAUGUGCACGAAUAUAGGUUGAAUGAACAAUUCCACCAUUUGGAGGACAAAGGACAAUGCUGAUCUUUAUUAUAAAGUGUUAAAUACGCACUAUAUCCUACAAAUGGCUAGAAUUCGCAUGUCAUUGUUAGCUAUAGGCUAAUAGGCUACAGAUCAAACUUUGGUUACACUUUUCAUUCUGGUACACAUUGACUAUACGGUCAAAGAUCUUACUGCAUGUCAACAUUACUUCAAGUCAAAAGUUGUAUAUAUAUGUUGGUCACUUCCAAACAAUUCCAUGGACAUAGUCAUCAAUUCCCUGGUCACAUUAUUGGAGAUAUUGCCAUAUGAUACGCGCAAUUUUUUCACAACAAUUUGCAACGUAGUGAAAAUUGUCUCGUGUAAUAAUGUGCCAUUAAUAUUUUCUGCUUGAGGUCCGGUGCAAGCCUUAAGGUCCUGACACACUGGACGCGAUUCGACAACGCGACGCGAUUUUUCGAUUUUCACUGAUGUAUAACUUUGAUCCUAGUUUAAAUUUUCCAAAUAUUUAGAAGCGCUAUAACAUUUUAAGUUAUUUGGUCUACAUAUCUUUCAACAUUUGCUCUCAUUGGCUGUUUUAUUAACUUUCAAAAACUAAAAAAUCGCGUCGCGUUGUCGUCCGGUGUGUCUGGACCUUUAUACUGUAGAAAACAAAUACUCGAAUUGGUAACUGUUUCCUGAUUGAUAAGUGGAUUCUUCUAUGGAACUAAAAUAUAGCUUCUGAUCCGAGACUGUCGCGAAGAAUCUAUUAUACACAUGCGUUUGGUAAUAUAUCAUGGGUAUGGAAGUGAGGUCAAAAGUCGAUGUGUUUCAUAAUGAAUACUACUACUUACCAUAAGGUUGAAUUGAUUUGUUAGAAUGUGAAACCAACGGAUGUAGAAUUGAACUAAUGCAUGACCAAUAAACAUGCACCUAGCUUAUUGACGUAAGUUUGUAUUUGAAUUAAUGAAAAACUGUAGACAAAGUGUAAAUUCGUCUUAUAAUGAUUGUUGAAAUUUGCAAUAUUGUGAAACUUUACUAUUUUUGCUGUAGGUAGGGGUCGACAUUAGCCUCCUCCGCAGGCAUCUCUAUAGGUAUAAUAGCCUGCGAAUGGUUUGUUUGAGGUCGAAAUUAACAUGUUUCUAUUAUACAAUUGUAGUGUUCCUG